AGCAUUGACUUGAAUGACAACUUGUGGACAGAACAAAUUGAAUGAUAAUUUGUUUCUUUUUACUGGGAGAAGACGACUUGGAGUUCAUAUCAAAGAUAAAGCAAUGAAGAUUUGUGUGUGUGUGUGUGUGUGUGUGUGUGUGUGUGUGUGUGUGUGUUAGAGAGAGAGACAUGGAGUGACAGUGUGACUGAUUUCUCUUGGCUGCAUGUUUUUGUUUAGUCAAGGGCCUCUGAAGUAGAGGAAUUGCAGGUGUUCAUGUUGUUGAGGCUUGUAUUAUCGCCUAAUCAAAUAACAUAUUCUUCCAUUGAUAAAAGCCUUACUUUGAUUUUCAUACCUGCAUGUUGCAUACGUGUCUUUUCACGUACAGGUGAAAGUGAAAGUAAAGGAUAUAUACAAAGCUGUUUGAAGAAGACGGGGCAUUCCCUGAAAAGGUUUCAGAAUCGUUCAGAAGCUGUUUGAAUCAGGGGUAACAAUGGAAAAAUCUCCCACGUCUAAUGUGAAGAGUGUCUUUCGGAAACUUUCUUUUUUAAAAAAAACGGGGAGCUUAAAAAGAAAACCAUCUAAAAAGUCAUUUAAACAAUCUUUAUCAGAGGAGAAAGAGGAGAAAGUUACCACAGAGAAAUUUCAAUUUAAGACCACAGAGAUCCCUCAAAAGCCAUGCUCAGUUAUGCAGAUCCAAGAAUAUAUACAAAAAGACAUGCUGAAGCAGGCCUAUCUGAAUCUGCUCUCUCUUCGCCUGGAGCUCCAGGCAGAACAGAGCACUCUGGGGCAAGGAGCUUCUAAAGCAAAUCUGGAUAAAAAAGAGAAAGACCUCAGUCUGCUGUAUGACAGACUAAGGGAAAAAACCUCUGUGAUUGUACGCAACUCCAAUAAAGAGCUGCUGGUGUGUGUAGCACACAUUAUCCUGGAGGAAGAGAAGAGACAAGGAGAGCCAGGAGCAACGCAGGGAUGGAGGGAAGCAUGGAGGGAUGCGAUACUAAACGGGGUUCGAGAUACACUUGAGAAGGUUCCUCUGGACAGCCGAGAGCAGAAUGCUUCCUGGCUGGAGGUGCAUCUGGAGCUUCUGGAUAAAGCUGUGGUGGAUGAUUUGGAGAGGGUGAAGACUGAACUUCGCAGCUUGUAUCCAGCAGACUUUAAUGUGCAUGAAACCUAUGUGUCUUGCCACCAUGAGGCUGUAGGAGAGCAUGUAAAGAAACUUGUGGAAAAGGUGACAGAGCUGAAAGAUUACAACACUCUUCUGGAGUUCAUUACUCGUUCGUACCCCAGUGAUCUGAAAGACCAACAGAGAGCGCUUAUAAAGGAGGAGGACCUGAACAAAAUAAAAAUUACUUACUUUGAUUGCCAAAAGGUGGACUUUAAACUUAAACUGGAGAAUUUCAUCAAAAUUGAAAAAGAAAUGUGGGAAAAGAAGAAAUCUCCCGAAAGAACAGAUGGAUUCGUCAUAUCAAAAAUAGACAUGGGUAUCUGUGAGCUGAUAGCAAGUUAUGCUGGGAAUCUUGAGAAGAUCGAUGAGAAUCUGGGAAAGUCAAUUAUACGCUCCUGUUUAGAAGAGCUAAAUCCAUUUUAUACAAGAUUUGAAGAGGAGUUUUCACAGAACACUGUCUCUCUGUUGACCUCUGACCUGCUGGACUGCUGUCUUUGGGUAGAAUAUCACAUCACCUACAUCAACAGUUUCAAUUCACUCAAAGAGAAUGUGCAGUGCUAUAAGGAGAGCUGUUCAGCUCAGGUGGAGAGUCUGGAGAAAAAGGUGGAUGGACUGACUCAGAGACUCAGACAGGCCGUGAUGGAUCAUUUCAAAUCUGAGGUCAAGCCUUACAUGGAUAGCAUGAUGACAAAAAAAUGGCUGAAAACAGAUGAGGAUUUUAAAGAAGUGGUUUCUACAAUAGAGAAUUACUCCUGGCUCUGUAAAUCCAUGAGAGCUCCAUCAGCUCAAAUUUUCGUCAAUGAUAUGCACUAUUACGUAGCCAAAGAGUAUGUCUCCCAGCUGAUGAAGAAAAAAUAUUCCUGCAAAAAAGCCAAGAACGAAGAUGCUGCCAUAAAAAUGAAACAACAGUGGAAUGAACUUAAGAAACUGUUUGUGGAAAUGGGAUCAUCCUUAAACUGGCUUUACCCACUGGGAAAUUACCUUAGUGAUAUUAUUGGAAUGGAAAUUGAGAAAAAUAUUAAAGAUCUGUUAAAUCCAUUGGUUAGUAAUUACCCAGACAUCAGCAAGAAGCAGUUGUCAGCUAUUCUGUCCUUCAGAGACAAUGGUUUUAGCUUGGAGAGGCACAAUCUUAUUAAUCACUUUACUCUGCUUAAACGGGACGCUGGGAACACAAAUCAGGAGCACUCCUUUUUCACUAACAUUUAGUGAGAUUUCUUUUGGUCAUUCUGAUGCUUCAGUAACCAUCAAGAACCGUCAUGGGCCAUUUUUGUAAUAUUUAGAAAUAUAUGUUGCAAAUAUGUACAAGUAUCUGACAUAUAUUUUGUAUAUCUGUGUAAUCCAUACAUUGACAAAUAUAUAUUUUAUAUUAGUUUUACAUAUAUUGCCAUAUAUCAGAUUUUCGUAUGUGGAAAAACGACUGCAUCAUUUGUGUACAGUACAUUUUCAUGUUAGAAUAUACAACGGGCAUUAUUAGUGUAUUUGGUACAAGAUUACUUGCAUACUUGUGCUGGUAAAAAAUGAUCUGUGAAAAAACUAAGACAACCAUGAUUGUUGGACUUUAGUGGUCUCUGAUACUGUGAUAUUCUGUAAGUAAAACAGUUUGUCUUUUGUUGCUAUUUGCCUCUAACCAUGUGUUAUUUUUUUGAGUGAAAUAAUCAUGAUUAUGUAUUUACCUAUUAUCUUGCAGCAUUACUUUGGUGUAUGUUUUGGUUGCUUGUCCUUAUAUUUGCCAAUAGAGGGAGACAUUAAACUACAGACGCAAGAUUUGCAUUUCCUCCAUAUUGCCUAAUCGUGCAAAAGGAGACUUGAUGGAUUCAUGCUGUGAUAUAAAUCAUGUAAAUGUGAUGUAUAAAUUGCUUUGAAAUAUAAACUCUAGGUGCACCCAGCUCUUUAAACAAAAGCUGUUGGUUGUAUAUUUUGUCCCUCCCUCUUCUCAUGUUUAAUGCAAAUUUGAAAUCUGUUUUUAGCUGAAACCUAAUAUACUUUGAAGACAAAAAUAAUAUUUACCUCUAACUACGGUGUGUCACUGAACAGAUAUUUCCUUUUAUGUGGUGUUUGUAAUGUUCUAUUGAUUUGGGGAUAUUUAUAGAGAUUCUGAUGUGAGAUGCCUCUUUUGUUUACAUAUUCAUGUUUGAUUUUGUCUUGUAGCCUACUCUUUGGAAUGUGAUGAA